GUGUCUCCGUGCUCACCAGGGCUCCUGACGCUGCUGAGGGUGACCGACAAAGGCCGGAGAGAUGGCCGGGGCCUCGGUGAAGGUGGCGGUGCGGGUCCGCCCCUUCAAUUCCAGGGAAAUGAGCCGGGACUCCAAGUGCAUCAUCCAGAUGUCGGGAAGCACCACCACCAUCAUUAACCCCAAACAGCCCAAGGAGACACCCAAAAGCUUCAGCUUCGACUAUUCCUACUGGUCACACACCUCGCCGGAGGACAUCAACUACGCGUCACAGAAGCAGGUGUACCGGGACAUCGGCGAGGAGAUGCUGCAGCACGCCUUCGAGGGCUACAACGUGUGCAUCUUCGCCUACGGGCAGACCGGGGCCGGCAAGUCCUACACCAUGAUGGGCAAGCAGGAGAAGGACCAGCAGGGCAUCAUCCCGCAGCUCUGUGAAGACCUGUUCUCCCGCAUCAACGACACGACCAACGACAACAUGUCCUACUCCGUGGAGGUCAGCUACAUGGAGAUCUACUGUGAACGCGUCCGUGACCUCCUGAACCCCAAGAACAAGGGCAACCUGCGUGUGAGAGAGCACCCGCUGCUGGGGCCGUACGUGGAGGACCUCUCCAAGCUGGCCGUCACCUCCUACAAUGACAUCCAGGACCUCAUGGACUCCGGGAACAAGGCCAGGACCGUGGCGGCCACAAACAUGAACGAGACCAGCAGCCGCUCCCACGCCGUCUUCAACAUCAUCUUCACCCAGAAGCGCCAUGAUGCGGAGACCAACAUCACCACAGAGAAAGUGAGCAAGAUCAGCCUGGUGGACCUGGCGGGGAGUGAGCGGGCCGACUCCACGGGGGCCAAGGGCACGCGGCUCAAGGAGGGGGCCAACAUCAACAAGUCCUUGACCACGCUGGGGAAGGUCAUCUCUGCGCUGGCUGAAAUGGACUCCGGGCCCAACAAGAACAAGAAAAAGAAGAAGACAGAUUUCAUUCCCUACAGAGAUUCCGUGCUGACCUGGCUGCUCCGGGAAAACCUAGGCGGGAACUCCAGGACAGCGAUGGUGGCCGCCCUGAGCCCCGCAGACAUCAACUACGACGAGACUCUGAGCACGCUGAGGUACGCCGACCGGGCCAAACAGAUCCGCUGCAACGCCGUCAUCAACGAGGACCCCAACAACAAGCUGAUCCGUGAGCUGAAGGACGAGGUGACCCGGCUGCGGGACCUGCUGUAUGCCCAGGGUCUCGGGGACAUCACCGACACCAACACUGUGCCCGGAGGACCCAAAUCCCUGCAGGGCGAGCACCGGCCACCUUGCUCUCGAGAGCGGGUGGUCGGAGACAGCUGUCCCCAGCGUCUGACAGCCGCACAGGAGCGUGAGCGGGGCCUCUGGGGUUUAUGGCUUGGAGCGGAGGCAGCGUGUUCCAAGACACCUCAUCUCGUCAAUCUGAAUGAGGACCCGCUGAUGUCCGAGUGUCUCCUGUACUACAUCAAGGACGGGAUCACCAGGGUGGGCCGGGAGGAUGCAGAGAGGCGGCAGGACAUCGUCCUGAGUGGCCACUUCAUCAAGGAGGAGCACUGUGUCUUCCGGAGCGACUCCCGGGGCGGCAGCGAAGCCGUGGUGACCUUGGAACCCUGCGAGGGGGCAGACACAUAUGUCAAUGGCAAGAAAGUCACGGAGCCCAGCAUCCUGCGGUCAGGAAACCGCAUCAUCAUGGGAAAGAGCCACGUGUUCCGGUUCAACCACCCUGAGCAGGCGCGGCAGGAGCGCGAGCGCACGCCCUGCGCAGAGACGCCAGCUGAGCCCGUGGACUGGGCCUUCGCGCAGCGGGAGCUGCUGGAGAAGCAGGGCAUCGACAUGAAGCAGGAGAUGGAGCAGAGGCUCCAGGAGCUAGAGGACCAGUACCGGCGAGAGCGAGAGGAGGCCACCUACCUGCUGGAGCAGCAGAGGCUGGACUACGAGAGCAAGCUGGAGGCCCUGCAGAGGCAGAUGGACUCCAGGUACUACUCGGAGGUGAACGAGGAGGAGGAGGAGCCAGAGGACGAAGUCCAGUGGACAGAGAGGGAGUGCGAGCUGGCGCUGUGGGCCUUCCGGAAGUGGAAGUGGUACCAGUUCACGUCUCUUCGGGACCUGCUGUGGGGCAAUGCCAUCUUCCUCAAAGAGGCCAAUGCCAUCAGUGUGGAGCUCAAGAAGAAGGUCCAGUUCCAGUUUGUGCUCCUCACCGACACGCUGUACUCCCCGCUGCCGCCGGACCUGCUGCCCCCAGAGGCCGCCAAGGACCGGGAGACGCGCCCCUUCCCGCGCACCAUCGUGGCCGUGGAGGUCCAGGACCAGAAGAACGGGGCCACCCACUACUGGACCCUAGAGAAGCUCAGGCAGCGCCUGGACCUGAUGCGGGAGAUGUACGACCGGGCCGCGGAGGUGCCCUCCAGCGUCAUCGAGGACUGUGACAACGUGGUGACUGGCGGAGACCCCUUCUACGACCGCUUUCCCUGGUUCCGGCUGGUGGGCAGUUCAGUCAUCUCUGGCUGCGACAGCUACCCUCUUCUCAACACAUGCAUGAGCGAGCGCAUGGCUGCUCUCACCCCCUCCCCCACCUUCUCGAGCCCCGACUCCGACGCCACCGAGCCUGCCGAGGAGCAGAGCGUGGGGGAGGAGGAGGAGGAGGAGGAGGAGGAGGAGGAGGAGGAGGAGCAGGAGCUGCAGGACGACGUCUUUCCGGAGCACGCGCUGUGCGACGGCCGGGACCCGUUUUACGACCGGCCCCCCCUGUUCAGUUUAGUAGGAAGGGCCUUCGUGUACCUGAGCAACCUGCUGUACCCCGUGCCGCUGGUGCACCGUGUGGCCGUCGUCAGCGAGAAGGGAGAGGUGAAGGGCUUCCUCCGUGUGGCCGUGCAGGCCACUUCAGCUGACGAAGAGGCCCCCGAUUACGGCUCUGGCGUCCGACAGUCAGGAACUGCCAAAAUCUCCUUUGAUGACCAGCAUUUCGAAAAGUUCCAGUCGGAGUCCUGCCCCGUGGUGGGGCUGUCUCGCACCGGGACCUCGCAGGAGGAGCUGCGCAUCGUGGAAGGUCAGGGCCAGGGCGCCGAGGCUGGGCCCUCGGCCGAUGAGGUCAACAACAACACCUGCUCAGCCGUGCCUCCGGAAGGCCUCCUCCUGGACAGCCCUGAGAAAGCCGCCCUGGACGGGCCCCUGGACGCCGCCCUGGACCACCUGCGCUUGGGCAGCACCUUCACGUUCCGCGUGACGGUCCUGCAGGCGUCCAGCAUCUCUGCAGAAUACGCCGACAUCUUCUGCCAGUUCAACUUCAUCCAUCGCCACGAUGAGGCCUUCUCCACGGAGCCCCUCAAGAAUACGGGGAGGGGUCCCCCACUAGGCUUCUACCACGUCCAGAACAUCGCAGUGGAGGUGACCAAGUCCUUCAUCGAGUACAUCAAGAGCCAACCCAUCGUGUUCGAGGUCUUCGGCCAUUACCAGCAGCAUCCGUUCCCACCCCUGUGCAAGGACGUGCUCAGCCCCCUGAGGCCCUCCCGCCGCCAUUUCCCGAGGGUCAUGCCGCUGUCCAAGCCAGUGCCUGCCACCAAGCUCGGCGCGCUCUCGCGGCCCUGCGUGGGACCCUGUCACUGCAAGUAUGACGUGCUGGUCUACUUCGAGAUCUGCGAGCUGGAGGCCAAUGGCGAUUACAUCCCCGCAGUGGUGGACCACCGCGGCGGGAUGCCGUGCAUGGGGACCUUCCUGCUCCACCAGGGUAUCCAGAGACGGAUAACCGUGACGCUGCUGCAUGAGACGGGCAGCCACAUCCGCUGGAAGGAAGUUCGGGAGCUCGUUGUGGGUCGGAUCCGAAACACACCCGAAACUGACGAGUCCCUGAUAGACCCCAACAUCUUGUCUCUCAACAUCCUGUCUUCCGGCUACAUCCACCCGGCCCAGGAUGACCGGACCUUUUACCAGUGCGAGGCCGCGUGGGACAGCUCCAUGCACAACUCGCUGCUCCUGAACCGGGUCACCCCGUACCGGGAGAGAAUCUACAUGACCCUCUCGGCUUACAUCGAGAUGGAGAACUGCACCCAGCCCGCCGUCAUCACCAAGGACUUCUGCAUGGUCUUCCACUCUCGGGACGCCAAGCUGCCCGCUUCGCGCUCCAUCCGCAACCUGUUUGGCAGCGGAAGCCUGCGGGCCUCGGAGAGCAACCGCGUGACGGGCGUGUACGAGCUCAGCCUGUGCCACGUGGCCGACGCCGGCAGCCCAGGGAUGCAGCGGCGGCGGCGGCGGGUGCUGGACACGUCUGUGGCCUACGUGCGUGGCGAGGAGAACCUGGCGGGCUGGAGGCCCCGGAGCGACAGCCUCAUCCUGGACCACCAGUGGGAGCUGGAGAAGCUGAGUCUGCUGCAGGAGGUUGAGAAGACCAGGCACUACCUGCUGCUUCGGGAGAAGCUGGAGACCACCCAGCGGCUCGGCCCCGAGGCGCCAUCCCCCGCCUCCAGCGAGGACUCUGGCUCCCACGGUUCGUCCAGCCCCUCGUCCCCGCUCUCGGCCGAGGGCCGGCCGUCGCCCCUGGAGGCUCCCAGUGAGAGACAGCGCGAGCUAGCAGUCAAGUGCUUACGCCUCCUCACGCACACGUUCAACCGGGAGUACACCCACAGCCACGUCUGCGUCAGUGCCAGCGAGAGCAAGCUCUCUGAAAUGUCGGUCACCCUGCUCCGGGACCCGUCCAUGUCCCCUCUGGGGGUGGCCACCCUCACGCCCUCCUCCACCUGCCCCUCUCUGGUGGAGGGGCGGUAUGGAGCGACUGAUGUGAGGACCCCACAUCCCUGCUCCCGGCCGGCCAGCCCAGAAGCCGAGCCUUCACCUGAGGCCGAUCCCAAGAAGCUUCCCUCCCCUGCUCGGGCGGCUGAGGCAGACAGGGACCCCCCGCGCCUGCUGGUUCCCGACAUCCAGGAGAUCCGCGUCAGCCCCAUCGUCUCUAAGAAGGGGUACCUGCACUUCCUGGAGCCGCACACGGCCGGCUGGGCCAAGCGCUUCGUGGUGGUGCGGCGGCCGUACGCCUACAUGUACAACAGCGACAAGGACUCCGUGGAGCGCUUCGUGCUCAACCUGUCCACCGCGCAGGUGGAGUACAGCGAGGACCAGCAGGCCAUGCUCAAGACGCCCAACACAUUCGCCGUGUGCACGGAGCACCGCGGUAUCCUGCUGCAGGCCAACAGUGACAAGGACAUGCACGACUGGCUGUACGCCUUCAACCCCCUCCUGGCCGGGACCAUACGGUCCAAGCUGUCCAGACGGCGGUCGGCCCAGAUGAGGGUCUGAGCCGGAAUCCCCCCGCGCCCCGAGACAGCCAGCAGGCCAGCCCCACCCCCAGCCCCCGUCACCAUUCGUCAUGUCACACGUGCCCAGCCCGCCCCCACCAGCCAGCCAGCCAGCCAGCCGGUCCCCUGUGGGGGACGCUGUGUGGGGACCCCCGAGCGCCACCUCUGGUCUGGGUGCCUGGGCCACAAGACCUACCCUGCCCCCAGCAGGCCGCGUUCUGUCUUCUUUCGGAGCAGGCCCCGGGUGGGAGGGGCUGGCAGGUGCCAGAGAGGCCGAGGGCACAAGUCUCGGGGCAUCGCUGCCGUUCUGAUAUUUUUUUAAGCAUAGACAGACUUAUAAUUAAUAUACAUUAGUUAGUGACACCAGACCAGUCCGCUCAGAAAGUAACUAUAAGACUGUGUUCUAUUUAUAAGUAUUUAUUUCUAACGCCUUCACGUAGACCCGUAGGUUCGGACGGACCCUGCCCCCCGCUUGUCCCUCUCCCAGCCCCAAGCCUCGCAGUGAGACCACGGUGAAGGCGCGUGUGCACAGGCCGGGCACGCCUGCCACCCAGGGUGUGUGUGUGUGCGUGUGCAUGUGCGCGUGAGCGUCCGGGGGCCGAGAGGGGGUGGCGUGCACCCGUGCAGGGGAGGUGGGAUGCGAGUCUCACCCGGACAGUGGCUCCACGGGCAGCUUCUCCCAGAAGUGCGCAGACGUGAGGGGGACCAGGCAGGUGGCCACCUGGCCUGGGGGCUCUCCCAGCAGGGACGGCGGUGGGGGGGUGUCCAGGCCGGCAGGUGGCUGGAGUUAGAGACGGUGCAGGCAGCAAGGGGCUUGGGGUGCAGGGUCUCUAGCUCCAGGUCGUUCCUGGGAAGCAGGUCUGUGACUACCCCUCUCCGCCCCAAGACGAGAGUGUCUGUGGGCCCCAGUGAGAAGAGUCUGUGGGGUCAGGUGGGGGCAGCCAGCGACAGGGACCCCGUCAUCAGAGGGCCCAGCCCUCCUGUUGCUGCACCGUCCGCUCUGUGCUCCCACGGGCUGCGUGCCUGAGGCCUGGCCGGGGGUCGAGCCCGCCCCAGGCUGAGGGUCUGGCCGGGCACUGCACCCAGAAACCCCGGGCCUGGGUGGUCCCUCAGUGACCUGUUCCUGUGCCCGCGGACACAGGCGGCCUCUUUCUAACCCAAGUGAAAACAGCAACUAACCCACAAGCCCCUGUCCCACCAAGAACAGGUCCCACUCAGAAUCUGGGGGUCCAGGCCCAGGUCCGCGGUCCGCCAGGCCACGCCAGGCCCUGGUGCCUUCCACUGCCUCGCCAGACCCUGCAGGGCACCCUCUCAGUGACACCCACCUUUCCACUUGGUUCGGAUUACCUUGUCACCCCCCAGCCAAUGGUCUGAAGCCCCAUCAGCCGGGCUGUCCCCGAGUGGCACUGCCGUGGCCUGUGGCCAUGGCGUGGGUUCUGUGCACCGAGGCAGGAAGUGUGCGCGGCCUCUUUCCUCGUGGGCUCGGCCCCCACGCGAGGUGACAAGGUUCCUUGGAGCCUGCCGUGGACAUGGGACCAGGCGAUAGGCCUGCCCCUGAGCGCUGUCCGGUAGCUGUGUCUGGUCCCACCGGCCGCGCCGGCGCUCAGAGGCUGCGAGCGCACCUUCCCCAUUGCCGGUCCGGGCGCGCGUCAGCGGCCACUGGACCCCUCGUCCCCCGUGCUCGGAAGACACCCUGGUGGCAUUGCUCAUUCAGCAGAAAACGCAUCCUAGGAAACCCCGCAUGUGGGACGCAGGACCCAGCAGCCUUCUCUGGAGACGCCAAAGGAGGGCUCGCAGCCCGGGCCCAAACCAAAGGUCCAGAAAGCAGACAUUCCCGGGCCGAGGCGCAGGGCAGGGGUGCGGCACAGGCCAGAGCAAGCCCUUCUGCUGGCUGUUGCCAUGACCUCCAGGGCCGGGAGGGGCCCAGGGAGGGAGGACGCUGCUCCCAGAGGAGUUGGUUGCCGGCAGCCCCGCCUUCCCUCGGGGAGACUGGGGGCGCGGGGCCGGGAGAUGUGGGGGGGAGCGCAGGGCCGGGCCGCAGCUGCUCAGGUCAGCCAGCCUGGAGCCGCGGCCUCGGAGGGUCUGAGGGGCUCGCACCCAGGGUGCAGGGGUCUGAGGCCAGCCAGCCUGCAGAACACCCGCUUCCUGGGGCGGAGUGAGGGGGCGCACCCUAAACUCAGGAGCCUCCACGGCCAUGGAGGUGCCCCCAGGACUGUGUAAUUUUGACCCUGGUGCCCUUGGCAAUUGCCUGGACCCCUGUCCCCGCCGUCACUGCCAGAGCUCCGGAGCUGGUGGGGAGAGAGAUCUGGGAGCACCUGGUCCCUUGUCCACCCCGCAGAAGCUGCCCCACGUCACAGUAGGGGGUGUGGUGUUCACCUCUGCUCCAGAGCACCUCAGGGGUGUCCCCGUUGUGGGGUGCAGAGGGGAGGCCAGGCCUGGCAGUGGCUGUUUCCCACUAAGUGGGGAGGGAAGAAAGAUCCAGAAAGUCAUUUCUCUGGGAGUUUUUUUAACACUUGAUGGCACUCAUUCUGCCUUGAGGGAUAGCCGUCCUCGCUCAGGGAGCUCUGUCUCCUCCAGGGAGGGGGGAGGCCCCCUGCUGAUUUGCUGUGGUCCCAGGAAGGGGUGCUGGGCUCCAGGCUCCAGUGUGCCCGGGGCGUCGAGAUGUUCCCGAGUCCCAAGGCCUCCGUGUUUGGAGUGAUCACUCCUAAGAUGCCAAUGGUUCACUCACCGAUCACACGCGCGCACACACCUCCCGUGGCUGCAGUGAGGCCGCCUCCCCAUCCAUCCUGGUCUCACCUCCGCACCUGUGGGGCGGGUGUGGAGAAGCACUUGGAGAGAGUUCUGGAAUGUCGCUGGUGGUACAGGCCUGAGCAGGUUGCAGUGCUGGUCCUCCGUCAGCCCCCCAGUGCGGGACCCCGGAAGGCGCCCUCCUUUUACUCCUGGGACAAGGGUCACGCCCCCCGGGAUCAGCAGAGGCCGUGGCUUCUUCCGGGCGGCACCUCUGCUGCUGGCCAUCCCCUGCGUCCCCAGUAGCUUGUACAUAUGUGGUUCUGUGGCACACCCUGGCCCCUGCACUGUGACCAGCGUCCUGACGUGACAACUCUAGUCCCCUGACGUCCUAAACCCGAGUGUUAGGCUCUAGACUCCUGUACUGUGUGUGUGCACUUAAGAAUCUGUCCAAUUAAGAAAUAAAUGUGGCUCCUUAUGCAACAGCAGA